UGUGCAGAAGACGUCACCAUCAGCUGUGGUGACUGACAGACUGACAGUAAUAUUUGCCAACAUGUAGUAUAUUAUCUACACCCACUAUCUCAGCUUCCUCUAUUACACGGACAUCCUACAAACACAAAAUCUGAGAUGGCUAGUAUAUGGUUAAGGGCCAUAUCACCAAGAGGACGAAAGAUUUACUUGGUGGUGGCCACUGCUCUCUUCCUGCUGUCCAUGUCAUUACUGGUCAUUAGGUCACUUGGUGGAAAAUUACAUCUUAAACACUUUGAGUAUAAUGAUGGAUUAUACCGCGCCCAUCAGUACUCAGAGUCGAGCUACCUGCAGUAUUCUCGCAAGGAAUGGGAAGAAAAAGUCAAUAAAGAUAGUCAAAGAGGACUUACUUGGUUGGUUCAGAUUUCGGACCUUCACCUACAUAUGGGCGAAGUAGAUGAGGUGCAGCACUUCCAAGAGUUUGUCGAUGAUGCUAUUUCCAUCUUGAGGCCAGCAGCUGUUCUUGUUACAGGUGAUUUGACUAAUAGCAAGACUCAUGGCGUUAAGCUGGCACAACUUCCUCAGGAAUGGUCCAUUUAUCAGCGAUCAGUGAAGGACAGACUCACUGUUAACAGUUCAACGCUCUGGCUGGAUAUUGCUGGCAACCAUGAGAUGCAACAUGACACACCCGCACGACCCGCAACAACACUACUUAGAUACAAUAACUUUAAUGAGGUGCAACAGGCUCACUUCAAAGCACAUGCCAUGCAAGUGGAUUUCAGUGCUACUCAAACUGCAAAAGCUACAGUUAUUCGAGGCAGUGAUGGACAAAAUAUUACCCUGCUUCCUUUGGAUGCAUCUCUAAAGCCAGGAAUCAGGGCUUACAAUUUCUUAGGAUAUCUUCCAGAAGAAGAAUUUAAAGAGUUACAGGGAGCAGCCCAAGAGGCACGAACCAGGGGUGACAUUGUUGUUUUCUACGGCCAUUACCCAACAAGCACCAUCAUAUCCUCAAAGGAUGUACGGAAGUUGCUGGCCAUGGGAGCAGCAUAUCUGUGUGGGCAUCUUCACACUGGUUUUGGGUUUGUUGACACCAUGUGGACCAAACAUACUUCUGGACUUUUGGAAGUGGAACUAGCUGACUGGUUUUUUAAUCACAGGUAUCGCAUAUUGGCUAUUGACAAUGGACGAGUUACAUGGAUAGAUGUUGAACAUCCGUCUUGGCCAGUAGUGAUUGUAUCAAGUGUUGGACGCUACCCAAAAGGACAGGCCUUUGUUAGAUAUAUUGUCAGGUUACUUGUGUUUACAAAUGAGGAGAUUUCAGCAGUUUCAGUGCGAGUUGAUAACAAUCUUGGACACUGGAUCACCUGCAAGCACAGACAUGGCCCACUUUACACUGCCACUGUUGAUGUACAGACAGAUGAAUGGGAACCACAAGUGACUGAAGAGGAGUUUAUAAGGAAGCUACAGGUAUUGGUUGGGAAUUCGUCUGGCAGCAAAUCUCUUCUUCGAGUUGGGAAGGAAGGAGCAGGGUUUGUGCGACCUCAACCUUCUUACUUUGGGUCAUUCAUUCUUUCCAUUAAUCUUCAUGAUAUGUUCUUGAUGAUCUAUUUGACUGGCAUUGGAAUGAGUUGUCUCCUUGUCUUAAUGGGAAAGUAUCAAGUGCGACUUGAGCCUUUAAUACCGAAGCGGGUGGGUGCAGCUUCCAUAAGUCUGGGUCAGAACUACACUGUAUUUGUCCUGAUGAUGGUGUUUCUCCUCUACCCUCUCAUAGGUCCCUGGUAUGUUGGAAAUCUUGCCAAAGACAAGCUUGGUGUUGUGUUUAUGUGGGGCAUCUUUGUUGAUUCUUCUAUGCUACCAGGAGAACUAACAUAUCCUGAUGCUUUUUUCUUGUGGCUCACUCUACAGAUGCCCAUUUUUUUUAUCAUCUUUGUAAAAAAAAUGAUAAGCUUUGACUCAACCAGGUACCGGUGUGGGCGCUGGUUGACAGUCAGUAUGUUGGCCACCGUUGUUUUUCAAUUGCCAAGUAUCCUUGCUUGGUUAGUGCUUGAUAGCAUUUUGCUUAAUGGACCACUUAGGCUUGCACUGACAAUUAUUGCCAUAUUAUUGUGGAAAAAAGUAUAAUAUGUUCAGAUACAGUACAUCUAUCAUAUCAAGUUGCAAGACCAUGUAACAUCUUGAAAAUUGCUAUUGAACUCAGCGUAAAAAAAAUUAAUGUGAUAGAUUGCUUUCUUUUCCCCUGAAUGAAGAAAUGUUAAUCACAAGAUCAGCUAAGGUCUUACCAACAGGUUACAGUAAUCUGGACCAUAUUACCUGGCAAGUACAAGUAACACAGUCGGGUGACACUGCAUAUUGACAGAAAGGAAACUAUAGCCUCCUACCUUCCCUAUUCAGCCACACAAUGUGGCCUUGACUUUGUUCAUACUGAAUAAGAGAAUCUCAACUUUAAAAGGCACAUCAGUUUAGUUUUCAUUUUGAACAUGUUUUUGUAUAUUAUCUGAGUAUGAAUCCUCCUUGGUUCUAAGAGGUCCAUUUCAUAGUUUAUAAAUAAGACAGGCAGUGUUACAAAUUGGAUCUCAUUAAGUCAUUAGAUAAUAGCAAUGGGUUGGCCUCAACUUAAAAAUCCUGUGAUUCACUGUCAUUUAAGGACUACCCCAUAUAUACAGAUUCACCAAGCCCUGGAUUAAUUGUUAGAACUUCAAUCAGUUUUCUGUAAGUACAGUUACUUUUAGUUGGUCAUACAACAGGGUUCAUGAUAGCCAUAAGGUUAGUUUAAUUGUAACAGGUGGUUACAGUUUACAUGGUAACCUUAAAUGAUGUCAAAACUUUUUUCUCAGGUGAAAUUGUCUGUAUUUUUAAAUUCAUUUAUGUGACAUAUCAUCUUGGGCUUCCAUAUACUGCAAUGUCAUCUGACCAAUUCGAAGUGGAGUUAUUGGAAGACAAAUCAGCUGUGUUAUGGAAAAUAACCAGUUAAUGCGAGAUUCUUGGAAAACUAGAUUAGUGUUGUGUAUGGUACCUUUUUUUUAUUAGGGUAGCUUGUGUGUUUUGAAAAAGAUACGGUACUGUACUGUACCAUUUUUUGUAGUAGAUAGGGUUACCAAAUUUUUUUUUCCCAAUACAGUACAGUGUACCGGGUAGCCCUUUCCAAUAAUAGUGUUGUACAGUACAGGUAUCUGUCUGUUCUUGCAUGACUAUCUUUGUGACUUAAUGUGUGAAUAUAUAGUACUGUAUAACGACUUGUAUGAGAGGUUAUCCUAAAUAUCUCAGUACAGUAUUUAUGGGUAUACAGUACAGUGUUAGAAUUUUUUGUACAGUAUCUACUUCAUUUGUCAAAUAAAUUGUUGUGUAUCUGUAUUCUUGAAUUGAACUUUGUGUAUUAACCAACCGAGGUGUUGACACAGAUACAAUCACAGCAGAUCAUUUAGGAGUUACAGUUGUCUAUAGUGCAUUUUUUCUCAGCUGAGAAAAGAUGCCCCACCCCUUUCUCAAAAAUUAC